GGGAGAGUGAGCGAGAGAGACAGAAACGUAGACUAAGCCAUCUAGACAGUAAAUAUAGAAUACAAAAAGCAGGUAAGCAGCCAAUGUUGUGUUAGAGAGGUUAACACACGAGGACUACAACAUAUAUGUGUUGUUGUGCUCAUUUUAAGAUCAUUAUUCAGGAGGAGAGACGUCCCGAGUGCACGGCACGCGGGGCUGGAAUCCCUCUCCCUCCCACCGCCCAGAAGAAGACAAGAGGUUCAGAAGGCUGCGCCGCUGUUCUACAUCGAGCAAAGUUAAGACGAAGAUUGCAUCACCACCAUGGUGGUUUUUAAUGGGUUGCUGAAAAUAAAGAUUUGUGAAGCUGCGGACCUGAAACCCACGGCAUGGUCUUUAAGACACGCGGUUGGACCGAAGACGCAGACCUUCUUGCUGGACACGUACAUUGCCCUUAACGUGGACGAUUCUCGCGUGGGCCAGACCUCCACUAAGCAGAAGACUAACAACCCAUUAUGGAACGACGAGUUUGUUACGGAGGUGCAAGAUGGGAGGAAAAUUGAACUGUCAGUAUUUCACGACGCGCCAAUAGGCUACGAUGAUUUUGUGGCCAAUUGCACCAUACAGUUUGAGGAGCUGCUGCAGAACAACAGCAGGCACUUCGAGGACUGGAUAGACCUGGAACCGGAGGGGAAGGUGCUUGUUGCCAUUGAAUUGUCGGGAUCCUCCAGCGAAGCGUCACCCUCCAAUGAGAAUGAAGAGAGGGUAUUCCGUGAGCGCAGGCGGCCACGGAAACGGCAGGGGGCGGUCCGGAGGAGGGUCCACCAGGUCAACGGGCACAAGUUCAUGGCCACCUACCUGCGCCAACCCACCUACUGCUCCCACUGCCGUGACUUCAUCUGGGGGGUGAUAGGAAAACAAGGCUACCAAUGCCAGGUAUGUACUUGUGUGGUGCACAAACGGUGCCACGAGCUCAUCAUCACUAAAUGCCCAGGACUGAAGAAGCAGGAGGACUUACCAGAGGAGGUGGGGUCCCAACGGUUCAGCGUCAAUAUACCUCACAAGUUCAGUAUUCACAAUUACAAAGUCCCGACCUUUUGUGACCACUGUGGCUCCCUGCUUUGGGGCCUGCUCAGACAAGGACUGCAGUGCAAAGUGUGUAAGAUGAAUGUACAUCGGCGUUGUGAGAACAAUGUGGCGCCCAACUGUGGUGUGGACGCUCGGGGAAUCGCCAAAGUUCUGUCGGACCUGGGAGUCACCCCAGACAAGAUCUCCAGCAGCGCCCAGAGGAGGAAAAAGUUGAAUCCAGGGAUUGAUCCCCAGCAAACCAUUCCUCAGGAGGAAGAGGAAAGCUCAGUUUCUGCUCCUGCUUCACCCUGUGACGAGGACUCGCUGUCCUCUCGUCUGUCCCUGACGGAGGUAAAAGACCAGGAAAACGACAGGAAGUGUCUCUCAUUUGAUCAGAAGCUCAAACCGGCCUUGUUGUCACCCACGUCGGGCGAUGGGGUCCUGGGACGCGUUGAGGAGAAGGAUCGUGAAAAUGGAGAGGCCAAAAUCUUCCACAACAAGAGGAUGAACCUGUCAGACUUCCUCUUCAUAAAGGUCCUGGGGAAAGGCAGCUUUGGCAAGGUGAUGCUGGCAGAACUGAGAGGCACAGACGAGGUGUACGCUGUCAAGGUUCUGAAGAAAGAUGUGAUCCUGCAGGAUGACGACGUGGAGUGCACCCUGACAGAGAAACGGAUCCUGGCCCUGGCUAGGAGACACCCCUACCUGACACAGCUCUUCUGCUGCUUCCAGACCAAGGACCGGCUCUUCUUUGUGAUGGAGUACGUAAACGGAGGCGACCUGAUGUUCCAGAUACAGCGGUCUCGCAAGUUUGAUGAGUCACGGUCGCGCUUCUACGCCGCUGAAGUUACCUCUGCACUUAUGUUCCUCCAUCGGAACGGAGUCAUAUACAGAGACCUGAAACUGGACAACAUCCUGCUCGAUGCAGACGGUCACUGCAAGCUGGCCGACUUUGGGAUGUGCAAGGAGGGUGUCCUAGACGGGGUCACCACUACCACCUUCUGUGGGACUCCAGAUUACAUUGCUCCUGAGAUCCUUCAGGAGCUGGAGUAUGGCCCCUCGGUGGACUGGUGGGCCCUGGGGGUGCUGAUGUAUGAGAUGAUGGCAGGCCAGCCGCCCUUCGAAGCGGAUAACGAAGACGACCUGUUCGAAUCCAUCCUGCACGACGACGUGUUGUACCCCGUGUGGCUCAGCAAGGAGGCCGUCAGCAUUCUCAGAGCGUUCAUGACAAAGACUCCCCACAAGCGCCUGGGCUGUGUGCUGGCGCAAGGCGGGGAAGACGCCAUAAGGACCCACUCCUUUUUCAGAGAGAUUGACUGGGUCCUGCUGGAGCAGAGGAGAAUCAAGCCCCCAUUUAAACCCCGAAUUAAAACCAAGCGGGAUGUGAACAACUUUGACCAGGAUUUCACACGCGAGGAACCAGUACUCACACCUGUAGAGGACGCCAUCAUCAAGCAGAUAAACCAGGAUGAGUUCAAGGGCUUCUCUUACUUUGGGGAGGAGCUUCUGUCCUAGACCUUCCUUCCCCAAGACCCCCCCCCCCCCCCCAUGCUGAACUCAUUGAAACUUCCUAACCCCAGAACCAACAGCCGAACCAACCCUUGUGACCACUUCAGCCAACCACCUGAGGCUGCAUCAUUUCUGUAGCUGUAUUUUGCUCAUUUGUUGUUCUGGAUUGUUUUAUUUAUAUAUAUCUACAUUAAUUUAUGUAUUUAUUCAUUUACAGUAUGUUUUAGGCCUUUUUACCUUCCAUCUUUUAUUUGCUGUAUCAUUUUAAAGUUGGUAAUUGUGUGGACUGUCCAGUUGGUCAGUUUGGUUCUGUUGGUUCAAUUUAACUACCACCCUUGAUUGGUUGAGUGGUAUGUCUCUCCCUACAUCACUCCACAUCUAUCCAUGGGUCCUCAGUGGGUAUAAUUAUACCAUCAGUGGGAGGAGCUAAUUUGGCAUGUUAUAAUUUGUCUUGCCAUUUAUACUUAUCCUUCCUCCUUUUGGAAUAUAGUAUUCUCUCCAUCUAUAAAUUAUUUAUUCUCUUCAGAGAGUACUCUUCCAAUGUUUGUAUUUUAUUAAAUAUAGUUAAAAUACACAAAUCUAACAGUAAGAAUGUCAUAAAACAGGAGGUUUCUCCCAUGCAGUACACUACCUUAACCAAAUUGACAGUAACAAUGAUUGUACUAUACAACAAACAUGUUUAAUAGGUUACUAUAUACAAAGAAAUCUAAUGCCAGGUUAUCUGAAUUGAAUACUGAAAAGAAAAGGAAAUUAAUUGAAUGGCUGAGGGCCUUUUUUAUGUUUUGAGGUGACUUUUGUGGACCAACCUCCCACUGUAGAUAAUUGCAUGGUGUUUUUGAGUUCAUGAUGUGCUUUGCACUACAGGGUGUGCUAGUGUAUGCAUGUAUAUGUGUAUGUUGGUGUGUGCAUGAGUUUAAAUAAGUGUGUGUGUAUGUGUGGAAGUGCCCACUGGAAAUGGCAUUUUAUUGAUUCGGAUUUUAAUCUUUUUGCUGGUUAUGCUUUUUUGUUUUCUUGGGAUUUGUUUUGUGUUAAUACCUUUACUGGAUUUUGAUGAUGCUGAGUCUUUCAAACACAGGAUUCACCACUAUGGGAGGCAAGGCAAUGCCUAAAACGGCUGAUAAGAGAAUGAGGUGUCAUGAAGCAAAAAUUACAUUAUGUGAUGCGAUUUCAGCCAAUCAUUGUGGUUUGCUGUGGUGAGAAAAAGAUUUUGAUUGGUUCAGACAAGCCAGUGAUUUACAGCUCUUUAUAGCUCCACCCAUGGGGUUUAUGAAACCUCAUUUUUACCUAAACCCAGUGCAAGGAGCUCAGUACAGAAAGUGGUGUGUAUAUAAUUGUAUUGCAAGUCUGUGAAGUUCAUGGGAAAGACAAUUUUAUGGUCAGCAAUUGCAUGAUCAUUAUAUUAAUUUUAUUGUGUAUUACUGCAUGGAGAAGGAUAAGGAAUGAUUGUUGUGCAAUAUUGUGUAUGUGUUGUUUUAUUUGUUUUUUUUGUUUUCUUUUUGUUUUAUGUUGUCUUUGUGUAAUGACACCAGACCACCCUUGUUUUGUGAUUGCUUCAUUAAUAUUAAUGAUUCUCUGCCUAUAAGAAGCUCAUGUCGCACAUUCAAUCUGCUGUUGUCGAAUCUCACCGUGGUAUGGUGUGGUCCUCUAUCCAGCUCAUUUGACUACUCUGAUACAACACACUCCCUAAUACAACACACUCCCUGACACAAUACACUCGCUUAUGCAACAUGCUGUCUGAUACAGCUCACUACCUCAUAUUGCAAACUCCCUGAUACAACACACAUUCUGAUGCAACGCACUCCCUGAUGCAACAUACCCUCUGAAACAGUACGCACCCUGAUACAGCACACUUUCUGAGGCAACGCAUUGAUCCUGUGUUCUCCCAAGUAUGCUACCCACAGUGUUUCUGCACACUCACCCGGUACAGGUUACAUACUGUAUGAGCAUAAAGUACACAUAGGAAUAACCUACAUUAUACAUGAUGUCUGCACGAUACAUGAGUGUUAUAAGU